AUGAAAGGAUUGGAUAAAGUCUAUGCAAUUACUACCGCGAAAGUGCCUAUAGUGAAAUUUGUUUGCCCAAAGUUUGCAUUCGAGGGAGAUAUAAGUUACUACAACGUCCUGGCCCUAUAUAAUACACAAUUGUUGCGAACGUACUGUGCAUGGGAUCGACGUGUUGCACCAGUCGGUAUAUGGGUGAAACGAUGGGCGAAGUCGUGUGAUUUCGGUGAUGCGUCACGUGGUUCGCUGUCGUCAUACGCCAUUAUUAUUCUUCUGAUCCACUACCUUCAAAAUUGCGACCCACCUGUCUUACCUCGCUUGCAAGAAGAUUUCCGUAAUGGUGAAGUGAAAUCUGUUAUGGUCGAGAAUCACGAUGUUUAUUACCAUAAAACACUCCCUGGCAAGACCGAAUGGUCAAAGAAUGCUUCAUCUGUGGCGCAGUUGUUUGUCGGUUUUUUGGAUUACUUUGCCCGCUUUGACUUUGAAACGCAGGUGGUCCAAAUUCGGCGCAGGAAGCCGCUGCUCAAAAUGGAGAAAGAUUGGAGUCGCGCCAUGUGCAUAGAAGAUCCGUUCGAUCUCCAUCAUAAUCUGGGUUCGGGUGUUACCAAGAAAAUGUUCGUAUUUAUUGCACGCAAUAUUCACAACUCUCGAAGGAGAUUCAUGUUGCCCGAGAUUCGCCGUGAAUUUUUGGGUAAAAAAGGAUUGCCAGAUGAUAGGGAAAUACCUCCUAAUCUGAGCGAUAACUAUGCGGCGACUCUGUUGAAAGAAUGUGGUAUGGGAGCCGCUCCUUCCGACCGUCAAUGUCGAAUAUGUCAUCGGAUUGGACAUUUCGCGGAAGCCUGUCCCAAGUAA